AGAAAGAAUCAAAGCCAAGAUAAAGUUAACAUAAGUUUAUUGUGACUGAUUCCGAAAGACUGUAUCAUUUAAGUUUAGGAGAAUUACUACGUGUUUUUGUUAGGGUAAUAUUACUAUAACGAGAAAGUAAUUAAUUAAUAUUGCUGAAAUGUUUAUUUUGCAUAGAUAUAAAAUGAGAUUUUUGAGAAUGAUUUCUCGACGUGUUGGAAAUUACAAAAGAAGGACUAUAGAUAGUAUUGAACUGUUAUUUGAAAGUGCUUUCAAAGGAGGAAUGUUUGGACUGGUUGUUGCAUCAAUAGUAUGGACAUCAAUUUUUUUAUACAUUGUGUUUUAUUACCUGUACAUGCCAUCUCUUUCACAUUCAAGACCUGUACAUUUUCAGUUUUCAUCUUGUGAAUCUGAAAAAGGAGUUUGCAGUUUUCCUGCAGCCCAUGUUCAACUCACCAAAAAGCAACAACUUCUCAUGAUAGGCCAAAGAUAUAAAGUCCACUUAAACUUAGAAAUGCCUGAAUCCCCAGCAAACGUAGAGCUAGGAAUGUUCAUGGUCUGCACAAGGAUGGUUGAUCAAAACGGAAUCUUGGUCUCAAACUCUUGCAGAUCCACAAUGAUCCACUAUCGCAGUCCUUUUCUCAAAUUUCUUCUUGUUUGCGCCAAUUCACCAUUCCUGAUAUUUGGAUCAAGGGAGGAAAAACAACUCCUUACUAUUGAACUUUAUUCAGAUUUCGAGGAACACCAGAGUCAUCCUGUUACAGACAUUUACGUAGAGAUCCAAUCAAGAUUCAUUGAGCUGUACUCAGCGUCUAUACAUAUCCAAGCUCAUCUUAGUGGACUACGAUAUCUCAUGUUCCAUUGGCCGUUGUUGUCAGCCAUUUUGGGAGUCAUGUCGAAUCUUUUUGUAAUUACCUUCAUUUUCAGUCUCUCGUGGUAUCAUCUAUAUGUCCAGAAUGAGCAGGGUCAGUUCAUGUUUAUUGAUUUCAUCAAGAAAUCUUUCUCAGAAAAAGUUUAUCGAAGAAGAAACACUGAAUUAACAGCAUCAAGGAAUCAAGGAUAUGUUGAAGAACUUGAGAUGGUUGAGAAGACCAAAGACCGUCGGAGUAGCAGUGAGAGUGAAGAGUCAAAAACGGAGUUUUUCAAGGCUGCCACUAGUGAGGAGUUGGGGUAUUAUCUGGACGGUGACGACUGAUACAGUUCCCUGGAAAGUUAACGAGCCAAAGAAUCAAAAGAUCUUCACUUGUACCUGAUUUUUCCUCACAUUCCUUCAUGACAACCUUUGGUAUCAUUCCUUAACUGGCCUCAACUCUAACAGUAAUUGUUUCUAAUCAGUGUACCGCAGCGAUAGGUAAGUAGUUUCAAAAAUCUUUUUUCAACUGUCAAAUUCUUUACAAAGUUAGUCGAUUUUUUGUUAUAGACUCGUUUAAGCCCUAGUUGUAUUGUUAACACUUGCUAAACCAAGAAGUUCGGUACUUCAGCAGUGUCAGGUUAUUGAAAAUGUUAGGGUGCAAAAAUAGCACUUAAACAAAAGAAAUAGAGAAUUUUUCUUAUACUCCCUAAAAGUUAUAAAUCUAGUUCUCAAGAUUUAAACAAUUGCAAAUUAUCUCUGUUAAAACUUGCCCAAACGUGCUCAGAAGGGUAAAGAAAAAUUAUUCUCAAAGCAUUGCUUGAUCAGCAUUACUGGUUCCAUGUUGUCAGUUAAAAACCAAUGCCCCGUUAUAUAUGAUUGUUGUUUAUUAUUUUCAAAUAUUAAAUUGUAGGCACACUUCAGCACCUUGAAUGAAUAUAAUUUUAAGAAGGCAUUUUUACCCUUAACCAUUGCUUUAUCCAAAUAUUAGCACAUCCAAAUAUUUAGGGCGAAACUUCUUUUAAAACUUUGUGUAUUUCGGUAUUUUUGAUGUUUAUAUAAUAUCCCCUGUUGUUCCAUUUUUUUCAUGCAUGUAUCGGAUGGUUAGGUCAGUUGGGAAGUGUACUUAAGGUGUUUUUAUAAUAUUUUCAGAACCCUCUAUUAGUUGUUAAGUAUAUUUUCUGAUAAAAGAGUUUGUUCCUACCAAAAAAUCUGCUAUGUGUGUAACAAUGUAUCAGAAAACAUCAUCAGACCAUCUAUUUUUUUAUCUGUCACUUAUCAUGAUGAAAUUUAUCAGAUUCAGCUGUACUCAUUUUUAUGUUGAAGGGUAAAUAGAUUUUAGUUUGAAAUAUAAUCUUACAAAAUAAGUUGAAAGAUUUUGUUUAGCUAGUCCUGACAUUUAUUUUUCCAAAAUAUUUACAUUUUUUCUACCUAUAUUUUAUACAUCUCUUUGUACAGCAUUAUUUUGUGAUGUUUUCUAUUGUUAUAUCAAAUCAGAAAUAAUUCUACAAAAUGUGAACUGUUAUACAAUGUGUACGUUUUGUUCUGCAUUGUUUUACAUUCCAAAUGUGUAGUUAUUCGGGUUAAUCAGGUUGUAACGCUUAAUUGUUAUUGAUACAAAUUUACCUUAAUUUAAGUAACAUGGUAAUACAUCCUCUGAGGGAUUUUACUGUUAUGGAGCCUUAUAUCGUGAUGUUAUUAUUUUUAUUAUUGUUGUGUAUUUUUAAUAAACCUACUCUUGUAGUUUU